CCUCCUUUCCCCUUUUCUUUUCCUCCCCUUCCCCUCCCCUUCCUUCUCCUCCCUUUUCCCCCCACAGCGCAGCCGGGGCUCGGGCUCACCUCUUUCCUCCCCCCUUCUUUUCCCUCCCCUCGAGCUGCCGCCGCGGUAGGGACCUGGAGAGAGGCGCCGCCUCCGCCGCCGCACACGGAGACAUGUACCCGGGAGCCACCUCCGCCGGACCCGUGCUUGCACCUCCUCCACCGUUGCCACCACCAGUACAGGGAUAUGCCUUUAAACCCCCUCCUCGACCAGAUUUUGGCACUUCUGGGAGAACAAUCAAACUGCAGGCCAACUUCUUUGAAAUGGACAUUCCUAAAAUAGAUAUCUACCAUUAUGAAUUGGAUAUAAAGCCAGAAAAAUGCCCUAGAAGAGUUAACAGAGAAAUAGUGGAGCAUAUGGUUCAGCACUUUAAAACCCAGAUUUUUGGGGAUCGCAAACCAGUGUUUGAUGGAAGAAAAAACCUUUAUACCGCUAUGCCGCUUCCCAUUGGGAGAGAUAAAGUGGAGCUGGAGGUCACACUGCCAGGAGAAGGAAAGGACAGAAUAUUUAAGGUGGCUAUAAAGUGGAUGUCCUGUGUGAGUUUGCAGGCUUUACACGAUGCUCUUUCUGGUCGGCUGCCGGGUGUCCCGUUUGAAACCAUCCAGGCACUGGAUGUAGUGAUGAGGCACUUGCCUUCCAUGAGAUAUACUCCUGUGGGGCGAUCGUUUUUUACGGCAUCAGAAGGAUGCUCCAAUCCAUUGGGUGGUGGCAGAGAAGUUUGGUUUGGCUUCCAUCAAUCAGUCAGACCUUCAUUAUGGAAAAUGAUGUUAAAUAUUGAUGUGUCUGCAACUGCAUUUUACAAAGCACAGCCAGUUAUUGAGUUUGUAUGUGAAGUUUUGGACUUCAAAAGUAUUGAAGAACAACAAAAACCUCUGACAGAUUCCCAAAGGGUAAAGUUUACCAAAGAAAUAAAAGGUCUGAAGGUGGAGAUAACACACUGUGGGCAGAUGAAAAGGAAGUACAGAGUGUGCAAUGUCACCAGACGACCAGCAAGUCACCAAACAUUCCCACUUCAGCAGGAGAAUGGACAAACAGUGAAUGCCACUGUAGCUCAGUAUUUUAAGGACAGGCACAAAUUAGUUUUACGCUAUCCUCACCUUCCAUGUUUACAAGUUGGACAGGAGCAGAAACACACAUACCUCCCUCUUGAGGUGUGCAACAUAGUGGCAGGACAAAGAUGCAUAAAGAAACUCACUGACAAUCAAACUUCCACUAUGAUCCGGGCAACUGCCAGAUCGGCACCUGACCGUCAAGAAGAGAUCAGCAAAUUGAUGCGGAGCGCGAGUUUUAAUACCGACCCUUAUGUUCGUGAGUUUGGAAUUAUGGUCAAAGAUGAAAUGACAGAUGUGACUGGUAGAGUCCUACAGCCUCCUUCCAUCCUCUAUGGAGGCAGGAAUAAAGCAAUUGCUACACCGGUUCAAGGAGUCUGGGACAUGAGGAAUAAACAGUUUCACACUGGAAUUGAAAUAAAGGUUUGGGCAAUUGCAUGCUUUGCUCCGCAGCGCCAGUGCACUGAAGUUCAUCUUAAGUCCUUUACGGAACAACUGAGGAAGAUUUCCAGAGAUGCAGGAAUGCCAAUCCAGGGGCAGCCGUGCUUCUGUAAAUAUGCCCAGGGAGCUGACAGUGUGGAGCCCAUGUUCAGACAUCUGAAGAACACUUACACUGGGUUGCAGCUCGUUGUAGUAAUUUUGCCAGGAAAAACACCAGUCUAUGCGGAGGUGAAGCGUGUUGGCGACACCGUGCUGGGAAUGGCUACGCAGUGCGUUCAGAUGAAAAACGUCCAAAGAACAACACCACAGACUCUGUCCAACCUUUGCUUAAAAAUAAAUGUCAAAUUAGGAGGCGUGAAUAACAUUUUACUGCCACAGGGAAGACCACCAGUAUUUCAACAGCCUGUCAUAUUCCUUGGUGCAGAUGUAACUCAUCCUCCAGCUGGAGAUGGAAAAAAGCCUUCCAUUGCUGCAGUAGUAGGAAGCAUGGAUGCUCAUCCUAACAGAUACUGUGCCACUGUUCGGGUCCAGCAGCACCGCCAAGAAAUCAUCCAGGAUUUGGCUGCCAUGGUCCGGGAGCUGCUUAUUCAGUUCUACAAAUCAACUCGAUUUAAACCAACUCGUAUCAUCUUCUACAGAGAUGGUGUUUCUGAGGGGCAGUUUCAACAGGUUCUCCAUCAUGAGUUGCUGGCUAUCAGAGAAGCAUGCAUUAAGCUAGAAAAGGAUUACCAGCCUGGAAUUACAUUCAUAGUUGUGCAGAAAAGGCAUCACACCAGACUCUUCUGUACAGAUAAAAAUGAACGGGUUGGAAAAAGCGGAAACAUUCCGGCUGGUACCACAGUGGACACAAAAAUCACCCAUCCCUCAGAGUUUGACUUUUACCUGUGUAGUCACGCUGGUAUUCAGGGAACAAGCAGACCUUCUCACUACCAUGUCCUCUGGGAUGACAAUCGUUUCUCUUCAGAUGAACUGCAGAUUCUUACCUAUCAGCUGUGUCAUACGUAUGUUCGUUGUACCCGUUCUGUUUCCAUCCCUGCACCAGCAUAUUAUGCUCAUCUGGUUGCCUUCAGAGCCAGGUAUCAUCUGGUGGAUAAAGAACACGAUAGUGCUGAAGGAAGCCACACCUCCGGUCAGAGUAAUGGCAGAGAUCAUCAAGCACUUGCUAAAGCAGUUCAAGUUCAUCAGGACACGUUGCGCACUAUGUACUUUGCUUGACAUGUUUUAAUGUUUAGCGACUCAGUACAAUGCAGAGUUGGAUUCACAUGAGACCAGCUGCACUUAGACCAACAGUUGCCCAAGCUACAGUGACAGCCAGCAAUGAGGGAUGCAUCUGAAUUCUUUUCCCUUCCCAUUUACAAGCAAGCCUUCCGUCCACAAUUUCAGACUUGAUUGUGAACUGCAUUCUUGUACCAAACCCCACUAUUGUUAGAAAUGUGGUUUGCCAAAAAUCUCUAAGCUGCUUGCUGUAAAACAGACCCUCGUUUUAUAAUUCAGUCAAGAGCUGUGAUCUCAGGGCUUAGGGAAAAACAAAAAAACCAACCCCCAAAUCUCCUCAUUCAGUUUGCUAUUCAUUGAAUUGCUUUUGAUAAUUUGGGAAGAUCUUAUUCAUCCUAAAGUUUGAUGGGCUAAAAUGCCGUGAAUUAGCUUUUAAUCCAAAGGAAAGCAAAGCAUUUUUUGGACUCUUUAUGAAGCCUUGAUUAUUCUAGAUGCAUUUACAAAAUUGUUAUUUUUCAGAAGAAAAAAGUGACAAAAUCCUGGUUUUCCACUGUCUUACAAAGAUUCUGCUCUGUGUGUCUAAGGGCAAAUGUAUUUUCUGAAGCUUGUUCUUGAAUGUUUUUUAUUGUGCUGCAUUCGAAAAUGUUUUUCAUAGACUUAAAGAAGAAUUUUAAAGCAAAGAACGAACUCGUACCUAAGCUUUUCGUAGGUCCACUUAGAUUGGCAAAAGACAAUGUGCCAUUGAAAACCUAAUUUGUAAAGAGGUUUUUUUAGAAUCAUACUGACAGCUAACUUUAGAAUUCGUCAUAAAGGACUGUGACACUUACCUUUCCAAAGUCUCUAAAGAAUACGGGUCUGUGGUGAGAAAUACAGUACAAUCCUUUUUCACUGUUGUUUGAGUUAAUGUAAAUUUUUAUAUAUGUUUCACAGUAUUAAUGUGAUAGACUAGAUGCUAUUAUUUAUUUUUAUUUACUAAGGAGUGCUCAUUAUACUUCUGUUAACAUAUCAAGAAUGCUUUGGAUUUAGAAAUGAAAACCUUAUCAUGGGGACAUGACUAUUCAAAUGCAAAAAUAUGCAAUCGACUUUGGGAGAGUUCAGAGAUCCAGACAGUGUAUAUUGUGUAGCUUGUAACUUGUAGAAGGGCUUUUUAAGCGUGCACACAACACAGCAGGUUGUACCUGUGCAGUUCAGAGACGCACACGAGACCAACAUUCUACGUUCAUUCAAGCACAAACCAAUUGUAUUUUUAUUUAUAUGUUGAGUAUUGGUGAAGCAGGAGCUCUAGUAGAGGAGAGUGGCUCACUGUUUGUGAUUGAGACAGAAGUCAGUAUCUAUGCAGUAAAGAGAAAUCUUAGGAAACUGAAGUUUACUUGUGAAGGGAGGUGAAACUCUCUUCGUUAUGCAUAAGGUCAAUAGUAAAUGUGAGAGUUUAGCCAUUCUCUUAGGAGAAGCAUUAAUUAAAACUGAUCAUUUAAACAAAUGCUUCUGUUAGUUUGCACACUGGAUUCAUAACAAACCAUAAUACAUAUGUAAACCAUUGCACUAAUGAUGAUGCCACAAGCAGGUUUAGAAGACAACGGAAGAAGCCCAAGAAACUUGUUUAUGCUGACUUGAUUUUCUUUAUUUUCUUAAGAUAACUGAAGUAGCAUGCUAUGAGGCAGGUUUUACGCAUGUCAUUCUCUUCCACUGAUCCAUUUUGCUUCACCUUUUCCCUUUUCUCUUAGCAGAUGCUCGGUCGCUGUUUUGAAUACAUUUACCUCUAGCCACUCAGACGGGCGAGUAGCUUUAACCAGUACAGAGGUCUGUGCCAUACAGCAGAUAAACUAUAACCAGUUGCUGUUGAAUAAGCUAGAAAAUGCCCAACCUUUGCUGCGUAAAGAGUUCUAGGUACAUAACUUUGUGCAAGUUCAGAUCUUCAUCUUGUGUGUUGGUUGUCGGUGGUGUUUAGGUGAAAUAACAAUGUAAAACCUAUUAAUAGAUUAAUUGUAUUAUUCUAACUCAGUGAUUAGGCUGCUGGGUCAGAUUUUCUUCUUGGUCAUAGUUAUGUAAAUCCAGGUUUUAAAUGUAAAUCCAGAGUUUAAAUGCUGGUAUAACAGAAAGCAAAGUCCAGGUCACAUUGUCUGUCUUUCUGUGUUCCAGCCUUUCCAUGGUGGGUAUGUCGCACUUCUCUGUGCGUUUGCUUGAGAGGUUUCAUACUUCAGUGAAGAUUUUAAUUUGGCAGAGUUUUAUAUAAGAAUUAUUUUUUUAUAUGAAUUAUUCUUAACAAAUAGGAAAAAAAUUCAACCCUUUUAAGACACCAUUUAGUUUAUUUGAUGUUCGUUAUGCAGAGACCUCUUGGAUGUGAAAUUCAUCCUCCUCUGUCCUCUCUGUGCAGAUCUAGAGUAGUAAAUGACUUACGCAGAUGGUCAGAUGGGGCGAGGAGGGCAGAAUCUGUCUUGACCUCAAAUCUUAUCUCUCAAGCAGACUGUGGACUUCACUGCAUCCUGUUCAGGAUGUAAUCUUUGGGCUGGAAUACUUGUUGCAGCUCCUUGUUGUGAGAAAAGAAGUAUUAGGCAGACACUUAAUCUGAGAGUAGCCGUUGUAUGUGUAUGCUCUUGGAAAGAACAAAUUUUAUGUAGCUUUCCUUCCCUGAGUAUGAAGAACUUGGGAUGGUUAUAUGCAUUUCAGGCUAAGCACAUUUUUACCUUUUACAAUCUUUUUAAUCCUCUAAUACUGCUAAUCCUGUAUAGAUUGAUUUCUCCCUCCUUUCCCCUGCCUUCCUUCCCUUGCAAGCGGUGAAUUAGUGGAUAAUUUAAAGCCUUUUUCUAAAAACAUAUUGAUAAAAUAUAUACUUUGAAAAAUACAGUGUGCUCUAAGUCCAGCAGCUAUCUGUGUGGGAAUGUUUUUAGUAUCAAUUACAUAUUCAAAAGUGUCUCCUGCCAAAAAAAAACCCUACCAAAACACCUAAAUCCAUACUCUUAGGGUCUUUUUUUUUUCUUACCUCCCACGUGUCUUGUAAGAACAGCAACAUCUCAGGUAAACACAAAGCUCAAGAUGUCUCUAUCUCACACACAUUCCUGCUGUUGAAGUCGCAGUUGAGGUAGACAGUUAUAACCACUAAGAUCACUAUGCAGCUCAGGUCAGCAAUAACCAAAUGUGUGUUACCCUCCGGCAGCUGGGGUUUUAAUCAGGCUGUGCAGUGGAGUUGCAUGACUCCCAUUGCAAGAGAGUGCUGAGCAGGACCUCAUCCCUUGCCUUCCUCCUGCUCUUUAUGUUCCUGGCAAUGACCUCGUCCUUGAAUUCAGCCAUUGGUGCAGGUUGUCCUGGUGCUUAAAAGUGACAAAACCACCUUAUUCUCCGUGCAGGCAUGAGCAGUGUGAUGGACAAACUGACCACUGCCAGUAGCAUGGUAUUUCUUUUGUUUUAAAGGAGUGGGAACUGAGACUGGUGAGUUGCCUGCUAUGGGUUAGUUUUCUCUGAUUUGGGUUUUUAUGGAGAUGGUCACACUGUUGAAACAAAAAUAUUCCAAGAUUGAAAGCUGGUUGUAGAAUCUCUGUCUCAGACUCGGCUGGAUGGGUCCUGGCACAGUCUCAGCUCGCUGGACCGGCUUUGGGCACAGAACUGGAUCACACAUCUCCAGAGAGCCCUUCUGAAGCAUGAGGUUCUGUGGCAACCCCCCAAAAAACCAGCAGCUCCUUUUGGGAGGUGCAAAAUAAUGUCUACAAACAUAAAAGACUUAAAAAUUGUCCCUUUUUAGAUUAUUAUAACACAAUAAUUGAGUUUGUUUCAUUUUGGAACUUUCUGCUCCUGUGGCUGAAUAGAAUGACGUGUCCACUUCACCUCUUCUAGCACCCAGGAAACAGCUGAGUUGAUUCUUAGGAGGAAAUGUCCUGUUGUGAAAUGCUGAAAGUAGGUGGAUUUGCCUCUGCCUUUAUGUGAGUUUGGCAUUCAAGGUAGCCCUAUGCAAUCUUAACACUUUAGUGUGUGUACAUGCACUGAUGUACGGCGUGAGAUCACUUGUUUUUAUUAGAACUCCUCAUUUUGGCUUAGUUUGGUUUAGACUGUUUCAGCAAUCAUAUUUGUCUUGCUGAAUCACAGUCAGUGAUCUUCCAUCUUACAGAAGCUUUGGCAGAUGAAUUUCCUCCUUUCUAGAUCUUUUGGGUUUGGGGUGAGUUUGUUGCUUGCUGCAGUUGUUAGGGAAAGGUGGUGUGUCUUAUUCCAGCAUGGAGGAUUUACAGGAAAUUUAUGCUUAAAACAAGAAAUCCAUAAUAAAUACUUUCAUAAUCCACAACAAAUACUUCAUCCAGGCCCCCAGGCAAUGCUUUUCCUGAUUGGAAAAGCAAAAAGGUUGUGAAGGUUUAGCUUCAAUUCUGACUCUCAGUAACUCUUGUGGCCCUUGUCCGUUUUUAACGUGUCUUGUUCACAUCUUAGUGGAUCACUUUUAUAAGUAAGAGAAAGAGAUAAUAUUUACACAAGGAUUUUUACAUUUCGACUCCUGAAGGGUAGGUGUGGGGGGGGUUAGGUUCUUGUGUGCCCACGUUACCUUCUGAAAAGAUUGAAGUUUCUAAUCGAGGUAAGAGUCUUCUGAUGCUUUUAUCUCGAGUCAGACAUAUACAUGCACAAAGGCUUUCUGUUAAAUAGAAGAUGAGGAUCAGGAGGGCUUUGCUCGUGGCUGCCAAUGCUGCUGGCUUUACUGCAGCACUAGCUUCCUCAAGUACAGUGGUCAUCUGCAUCUCCCCUGUAGAACCCCCAACCUUUCUCAUGCCAGUGAAUCUCUGGAAUCUAACGAAGACCAAGGAUAGGAGGAAGUUCUGUGUUAGCAUCCCCCCAGCCAAAUCUAAUGGAUUGUUGUAGGUUUGUGAGUGUACCUGCAGAUUGUUUCUUUUUAAGGAAGAAUGGUGGUAUUUUGAAGUGAGAACAGGUUGUUUCAUGCUUAUUCAAGACUACAAGUACUAGAAGUGCAGCACUGGGACCUUUGGAGAUUGAGAUGGACACACUUGCCUCUUAAUUGAGGCAAGUUGAGCAUCUCUGGUGGCAUAAAUAACCCAAAGGGACUUUUUUUGUUUUUUAAGAGCUAUUUUACACAUGAAAUAAAGGAAUGUAAGAAAAGUUCUCAGUCGCUAUUUUUCACACUUGAUACCAAUGUAAUAAAAACACAUUUUUUCUCCUAAUUUUUCAGUACUUUUCUCCUACAGUAGCAUCUCUUUGUGUGUAUUGGUCCUGCCAGUGUGGCUUUCUCGAUUUCUAAGGCAGGGCAGUACACUGUUUUUUUAACUUUUAUAUUACAUUUGGUAACAUGCUUCUUGAUGCAUACAUGCAGUCUUUUCUAAGGAAAACUUCAAGUAGAAGGUAAUUGCACUGAUCAUUUUGUUUUAAACUCCCUUUUUACUGUAAGACUUCUUUUUUGCAUCUGCUGUAGCUGUUUGAAAUACUGUAAAUAGUGCUAUGUAUAGCAAAUACUGAAAUGCUGUGGAUACUGUUCCUUGUUGUUCCUGCUUUUUGGAAUACUGCCAUAUUUUCCAGUAUUGAGAGAUGAGCUUUGGGUUUUAAAUGUUGUUCUACUUUCUGUUUGCGUUAUAGAAUGAAUCCAAGGGCACAGUUGCUUUAUUACAGUGGAAAUAUUUAGGGUUCAUGUGAAUUUAUAAAGUAUUUCUUCCUUCUCUCUUCUAUGCACAUUUCUCCCACACUGUAAAGAUACAAGGACAGGUUUUAAGCCAUCAGUGUGCUUGUUAAUCUGUGCAAUGUUCAAAUGCCAAUCUUUGAUAUCACUGUUAGAUAACUAAUAGCAUUAAUGUAAUAUCCAGACUAUCAACUGUAGCUGUCACACGUUUUCCUUGCUUCUUCUAACAUCUGAUUCUUGGGUCAUAUGAAGAAGAACCAGUCUGUGUGGCAGAAUUAGUGGAAUAAUAGGGAUUUGGGAUCCAAGUUGCAAUGUCUUGUUCUCUGUCCCUCCUUGGUGUGUGCAGAUUGUUGAGUGCAGUGGAUGUUUUAGUGCUCUGAACUAAGAAAUAGUGUUGUCUCUCUGAUUGCCCGCAUGAGAAAGCCAUUGAUCUCCUCUCCAUCCAUAGCUGCCUUUUGCUUCUGUAACCCUUGGGGACAGGAGAGACCCAAACUCCAGCCCCGUUGUUUAGCGUUAGGAUGCAGAAGAGCAAGUUUUGCCUCCUGUUUCUGAGGGUUAAUGACUGGAAAGAUGCAUUCUUUUUAAGAUGGUUUUAAUCUGAAGGUUGGGGAGGAGGGUGUUGUGUGUGCUUGGUGUGGCACGUAAUCCGUUUUAUCUCAUUGAGUGUGUUUCAGUUGCUUUUUCUGUGUUGUUUCUUUGCCUGAAGUGUUAAUAUGAAUGUAAUGGCUUGGCCAAAUCACUACAAAAGGUGGUUUUGUGAUACUCCCUAGUUAGCAAGCAGAUGCAGUUAAAGGCUACCUCCUGUAUUCUUCCACAGAUGAAUUAAUUUUUAAAGGAAACCUACUACUAAGCAGCCAAAAUGUUCCCAAACGAACUAUUUUUACUGUUUUGUUUCUUGCUGGUGAAUUAGCAGUGCCAUACUGUGAUCUUGGAUGGCUGCUCAUUGCUCCUUCUGUCUUCCUAAGGUGUAGAUGUGGCUUGUGUUGAUGCAGGGUGUUAAGAAGGUAUCAGAAGUGGUAAAUCACAUACCUGGCACAGUCGCUUUUGGUGAGGGUUACUCAAUAGCAGCAGCUCCCUCUCUAACCUCUCUCUUUACUCGCUGAGUUUGUAACUGUUGUUUCCAAAUGAGAAAUACUUUUGUAUUGUAGCUGUUGGCCCAAAAAAUGUCAUGUUUUCGCUGAAAAUAACAUGAAGGUGCUUGAAAUAUAUUUUGAACCGGAGGCAAAAAUUAUGUAUUGAAAUAUUUUUUUAACAUAUUAUUUAGCUAAGUUGACACAAGACUGUAACAGUGAAAAUACUGCAUCGUUCCCUGCUCAGCUCGUGAUAACCUUUAAAAUGGGGAAAACAAACCAAACCAAAACACCAAAAAACAAACCCUAAACUCGAGUUUGUUCAUAUUGUGACUAUCGAGGGUCAGUUACAUGCAAAGCCUUGGCCAUAACUCAACCUCGAAAUGAGUGCACACAGCCUCAAGGUGCUUUAACUGACCUGAAAUGAAACUGUAGAAAACUGUGUUAACACAUCCUAUUUUGUUUACAGUGAAUCCAAAACAAGCUUCCUCAUUUCACAAUUAACCACUCUGCUGACAGAAAUACUACCUGUUUAUGCACAACGCGCCGGUGGGGUUUCAUAGCAGUGUUAGAGUUUAUUCUUAAUUUCUUAUUUAAAAGUAACUGGGCUUUCUGCUCCAGACAUUGGCAUCUCAGAAGUGAGUUUGCUGGGAUUAUAUGCUACCUGCAAUUUCAUCAUCUUCAUCUUUGGGUGUAGACACUAAUGAAGCUUAUUGAUGGCAGGGGGGAUAGCUGACAGUCUGACUUUCUGCAAGCCAGUUCCUGUUCAGCAGUGGCGAGGGACCGAAUACGUCAGCUCAGUAACAGCUGAAUGGGGUAAAAUCCUGCAAGUUUUGUUUAGUUCUCAGUUAUAAUUUAACAAAGCUCCCCCCAAAAGCAUGAAAUACAGGGGUUUGCUCUAGGGUAAGUGGCUGCUUUUCAGACAGUAUGUCACUACAUCUUGUAUUACACAUCCAUAGACACUAUUGAUGUUGCUGUGGCCUCGAAGGGGUUGCAUGGUGCAGGUUCUCUGUGAGCAUGAUCUUGGGAAACGAUAAGAGUGAUGUGAUGUGCUUUCUAGACCAGGUCUGCAAACCCAGAGGAGCAUUGAGAAGGAAGGAGCCCUGUGCUAAGGGCUUGUCAUGCCUGUAUAGAAGAGAAAUGCAAUAUGUGCUGUGCCAGCUACCCGUUGUGGAAGUGAGAUAAGGAGGCGAGGGGAACAUUUUCUUGCAGAACACAUAAUGAAGCACUUGAGAAGGUGACAGUUAAAUUAUGUCUUGGUUUUCCUUCUGGCUUCCCUGCGAGGGGCCAAUGAGUGCAAAUAGAGCUGGGGCACAGCCCCUCACAGCGGGGAAGCAGGCAGGCCCCUGGAGUUGACGUCUGGUUUCAGCCCUCCGUAUUGAAGGGCUUCAGACUUCUGUGGCACAAGGAUGGGGCAUUUGCUGGAUUUGGAGGUGUGACAGGAUGGCAAGAGCUAGUCUUGGGAGUUCUGCAUGUGGCAGCACUGAGGAAGUGGACCCACAGCACGAGAUGAAGGCUGGCUACUCCUUCCCAUCUAAGUAUCCUCAGAAGAGGAAUUGCUUUGAAUUUGUCCAUGCACUGCCUCAAUAGAUGCAUCUUAAAACUACCUGUGGCUACUCCUUAACCAGCCUACCUAUGUUGUUUUGAAAAGCUUAGUAUUUGCAUUACAAAUCUGUUUUAAAGGGCAUAUUCAUUUUUAUGUGGCUCUUAUGACAGCACAGAUUGUAGUUUGGUAGUUUGUUUGGGUUUUCUCCUCCCCACUCUUUGGAUGUGCUGGUUUACCAGGUUGCUUUAGUUUUGUUAUUUCCUACCCCCCUUCUUUAAGCACAACUAAAAUACCUGCUGGAAAUCAUCAGCAGGGAUUACAGAUAUUGACUAACCUGGAAGCAAGCCAAGGAAUUGUCCCUGAAAUAUAAAGUUUUCUGGCCAUUUUAUGGUUUUCUGAGUGUGCUUGACAAGCGUGAAUUGUGCAAAGGUCAGCAAGCAAGUUUGGGAGUUCCUACUCCCCUGGCUGGUGCUCUUUGCAUUUGCUUUGUUAGGUUAGAUUUCCUGUCAGAAAACAAAAAUACAUUUAAUGUUGGCUCUAUUCUGUAUUUCUCAGCUUUUCCUGUCUUAAAAUCCAUGAAUAGAGGCGGCUUCACUCGUGCCAGUAUAUGUAAAAUUGCACAUUAUCUCUUGCCACGUGUUUAACUCACAGCAGAUCUGGUCUGUGUUUUUUGGGCACCCCAAAAUCUCUGCUGCUUGACUGUGUGCUGUGGGUAGGAUCAAACCUAUUGUGUAUCAACAGAACAUACAAGUUUGUUUCUAGAUUUCACCAAAGCUAAUUCUGUAUCAGCUGUGAGAUGUUCAGAUCCCACCGUUUCUGUGCUAUAAAAAAAUAAGUUAUACUGACAUGAAUUUUGUUGUUCCUGAUAGGUUUUCUCAUAGAACUUCACAAGGCUGAGCCCUUAAAUUGCUCAUCUCAUUUCCAGGCAACAACUUUGUAACUGUAUUUGAAAGUAAAUAACAUGUCUCUAAUUGCCUGACCUCUUGCUUCUAAACUUGAAUCUUUAAUGAUGCUCAGUUGUCUGUCAGUGUUGAGCCCCUUGAAUGUCUCCCACUGAGAGAUUGUUGCAUUUGUCCAAUUCUUUAUUACCUCGUUUUGAGCAGUAGGAAUAAUUUGGGGAGGGAGUGUUAGAUAUUAUGUGCUUUUCCCUAAUGAAGUUUACUUAAGGAAUAAUUACUAGCAGACUGAGAAAGCAAGGCAUUUGUUCAGGGAGGGGAAGCAGAGAAAGAAAAGGAAAGGAAACCCCAAUAAACAACAAAUAUUAAGGAGAAAGUUUCAGAAUUAUGUAUCUGGGAAAAUCAGAUCUAAAUUAGGUGCAAUCUGGCAAAGGUCUGUGCUAUCCUGAAGAGGGUUACCACUUGUUUUCUGUAAUUUGUUGAUAAAGCGUAGUCGAUUUUAUAUAUAUAUAUAUGUAUGUGUGUGUGUAUCCACAUGUGUGUAUGUGCAUACACGUGUUGGUGAAAGGAGAGUGGGGCUGUUUAUAGACUGUUUAUAAAAGCUUCAAAGGUGGUAUUUUGCUGGAAAUAAUAAGCACAAUUUCCCUGGGUUUUGCAUUACAAAAAUCCCUCAAUUUAGGGCAGCUCCUGAGUAAAGAUCCAGCCCCGCAUUUCUGUGCAGCAAAGUGGUUAACUUGAUCUCGGGAGGGUGAGAUGGAACCCAGAAUGUAUUCAUUAAAUCUGUAUUUUUGUUCCUUUAAUUUUGGUACAUUGCAGGUUUCCCUGAUACUUGUGAAGGUUUUAAUCUUUUGUUUAAUAGUUGUCAAAAAUUUUUUUAAAUUAUUUUUUAUAAAAAUAACUGAAAAAAAAAAAGAACCAAAAAUCCAUUCAGAAAUUUACUAUCGUACGUGUUUUCCCUUGAAUCCAAAUGUUUUUAUGACCAGUUAAAGUUUGCUAUUUUUUUGAAAGAAGAAAAGAAAUAAAUACGAUGUCAAGGGCCUCAUUUCAAGUGGUACUAAAUGUAUGUUGAGUAGUUUGUGUGUUGCAUCUGUAUUCAGAUGGCUUGUGCUUGCAGUAUAGAGAUGAUGUAGCGCUCUUUGGGUAAGAGUGGCACUUGUAAUACAAAAAGCAGCCAGAGAAAUACCCUCGAUUGACUUUUAAAUGCAUCAGCAGCAUUGUAGAAUUUACCACGUAGAUUGUAAGCGUCGCUUUAUGUUACUCAGACGAGGCUUCACGUAGGUGUGUGUAGCUUAAAUACACACUGUGUAUCCUGCUAGUGUAGUUGAACGUUUGCAUGAUGCUGUGUGGCGAUGCCACUUUAAAUUAAGCCUUAACCAAAUGAGAAAUCUGUCAGAUUUUUUUCCUCAGAGUAUGCAAAAAUACUGUUUAACAGAGCAGGAUGUUCUUAUAAAGCUCAACUAGUAGAAAUCUUCUCACCUGAGGAAGAAAGGGAAACUUGUCGAUCCGUAUACUGUGACUGACCUCUUCAGGCACUGGCUGUCACUGUUGCUCUGCAGAAACCAGGCUCGCAGGCAUCUCUCUGCAGUCUUCCAAAACCAGGCUUGCUCAAACCUCAGCUUCUUUCUUGGUGGUGGUUGUUGAACACAUUCUCCUCCCUCCCCUGCUAGGAAAUCACUGCCUGAAGGAGGAUUGGGAUUUAACACUUAAAUUUACAGCGCGAAAAAGCUGUUUCUUGAGUUCUGUGCUUGCUUCAGAUAGUGCCAUCGUUUCCACUUCUUCAUGACUGACAUAGAAUCCUUAAAACAUUAGAAAUAGAGGCAAAUAAAGCAUUGGGGACCCAGCUUCCUUUCUUUCUUUCCUUUUUUUUGUCUGAUUUGGAUCUACCUCAUUGAAACAGUUGGGUGCUAUUGACUCAAAUUGUUGAGGAGAUUGGCAAAAGCGACCAAACUGCGUGUGCUGACCGACCGCUUCGGAGGCGGCGUUUGCGAACCAAAACCUCUGCGUUCAUUGUUCAGAGACAACAAUAUUGUGUUUGAGUUUGAUUCUUUGUGCCUUUCUGUUCUGUUGUUCUUUCUUUUCCCAGUGCGUAACAAUCAAAAGCCAUCCUCUUAAUGAAAAACAGCAAUUGAAUUGUAACCACGGAGUUUAGGGAAAGAAUAAAAGCCACAAAACGUCGUUUUAGCAAGGUUUAAAGUAUGUGUCAGUGUCUCAAGUCAUAAAAUGUAGUGUCGCAGCAGACCUAGGCAAUGAGAAAUACCCAAUAGAGGAGUUUUGGAAACAUAUAAUCCCAACCCUGGCUAUAUACAUCUCCGUGUGUAUCUAUAUAUGCAUAUAUACACAUAGAGAGCACAGGUUUUGUGUGGGUAUGUGUGUGCAUGUAUAUAUCUAUAUAAAACAGACACAUGUGUGAGGGUGAGGGAAUAAAACGUCAUUGACUUUUCCACACUUUUGUAUGUAACAGUUUACAACUAUGUGUAAGUUUUUUCUACUAUGUGAAACCUUUUUUACUU